AACCACGUCCCUCUCGUUUCUUUCCGCCAUCGCCGUUCAGGUUUUCAUCUUGGGUCAUAAUUUUGUGCCCUCACACUCUCUUUGAUCUUCAUAUUCAUCUUAGUCGCAGUUUCGUUAUUACGAGCUGUUUCCACACUCAUUCCUUCGACACUCUCUUAAACAAACCCAGCUUCCAACUACUAUAUACAACUAAUUCGUCCCGUCUUUACUCGGUACUCAACCGUCAUCGACCCAUCGAACACAAACGUAUACAACGACCACCACUACCAACUUCAGUACUGACCUGAACACACCCAACCCACACUCGCAAUGGACGGCUCAUAUCCCAUGCACCCUACCCAGGCCAUGCAAUCACCUUUCUUCUACUACAACCCAGACCCCCAAGGCGAGAACACACGCCAACACGGUCACUUCACACCCCACCCAUCAGGACAGUCAACCUUCCAGCCACACAACAUGUACUACCAGAGGCCAACAUCAGCAAGCUCUCACAUGUCUUACCCCCAGACUGCAUACGCCAACCAGAUGCUUACCCCAGUUGCCUCCCCACAGCCAAUGUACCAGAAGCAAACUAUCCUGAUCCAACCCCAGGACUCGCCAUACCUUCAGCCCAUUGACACCGACUACUCAUUCUCCCCUGCCACUCCUCCUCUUUCCACAUGCGGCAGCAGCACCAGCAGCCCUCCUUCAUCAUGCGAAGUUCUCCCCACACCGCUGCAUGACAUGUUCCCUGGUGAGGGCAUUGAGGGUGUCAAGCAAGGUUGCGAAGGUGAAGUCUUCUCCGAGAUCCUGUCCGCCGGUCUCGAAUGGCGGUCAACCACCCCACCCAUGACACCAGUUUACAUCCAGCCUCCUUCGGCUAGCCAGGGGUCGUACCUCCUGUCCGCUACUUCUUGCCCCUCGCUUUCCCCCUCACCAUCACCACUCCCUCGCACACCCUUCCCUGAAGCUGAGAACAACUUCUGCAACCCCCGCGAUCUGACCGUCUCUGCUACUGCCGAACUCCCCAUCGUCACACUUUGCCCCGGCGACGAGGAGCACAAGGUUGUCCUUAAGGGUGAAACCGCAAAGGUCGAGAACUUCGAGUCUGCCCAAUCCUUUACCUUUGCCGGCCUGCCUACUUUCGAGCCCCUGUUCGAGCUUGACUGCGAGGACGACUUCACCGGCCUUGUCAACUUCCCCGCCGAAACCGCACAGUACCUCGGCAACAAGCGCCAGCGAACUGAUCUCGGUGCAUUCUCACCUGAAGAGGAUUUCCUGAGCGACGAGAGUUUCACAGACUUUGAAGAGGAGCUCGUGCACGGCUUGCCACUCACCCCUGCAUCCAGCGAGUUCGACAACAUGUCGGCCACUUCCGCACCCAAGAGGCGAACAGUCAAGAAGUCGCGUUGCGAGUUCAGCGAGACCGAGUCGGACUACCAGGGUAAGCAACAGGCAUCUGGUGAUGAUAAUAACACCAUGUCUGGAGCAUCAAGCCAACAAGAAUCAGGUCAAGCCGAGAACGCUGUCGGCUCCAGCUCAGACGAACACACGACCCCUGUCGCACCCACUAGCCGCCGUGGUCGCAAGCAGUCGCUAACCGACGACCCUUCCAAGACUUUCGUCUGCACUCUCUGCUCGCGUCGCUUCCGUCGUCAGGAGCACCUCAAGCGUCACUACCGCUCUCUCCACACUCACGACAAGCCCUUUGAGUGCACCGACUGUGGCAAGAAGUUCUCCAGGAGCGACAACUUGUCGCAGCACCAGCGCACCCACGGUACUGGUGCCGUCAGCCUCGAGGUCAUGGGCUCUGAUUUCCAUCACACCGACAUGCAGCAUGGACAGUCAGGUGCCUUUGGCGCACAGGCUCCGUCCACAAUGGGUGAGAUCCUCUACAACGCUGCCGCUGAGAUCCCCACAUCCAGCUCAGAUGGAUCCGAGAAUGAGUCAUCACCCAGCGACAAGAAGCGCAAGAGGAACGAGUAGACUUUGCCCUCUACCGAACUUAACUUUUCAACUCUUAUAACGACCCCUCAUGACACCCACAACACUCGGUAGAAGGACCCCGCAUCAUGCCCGGCGGCCGCUCGUCUACUUUCACGUCGUUACGCGCAAGGGCAGCAUAGCUAGACAGGCGGUACAGACUCACUUCGGCGGCUCGACUUCACAGUCGACACCAAAAAUCCUUGCUUCCCCUUCUCACCUCCUGUAUUCUUCACUGCUGAUCUUGCGACAACGAGUUCCCGAGAUUGGCUUUUUUCAACAUCAUUUGGUUUUGCGUUUAGCACGGCACAUCAGGGGUUCUGGUGGGAAGCUUGGUUACCAUUUGGCGGAUUGGGAUAGAUCUGGUGUUUUUCUUGGUUUUCACUUAUGACGACAUGGCCAUUACCCGUCACCGGCCACUGUCGCCGCGCUGCCCCUUGUUCACCUUUUGCGCUUCCUACAGUCGUUGUAAUCGGGCUGCUACACAUGCGCGCCCACACAUUCUGGGAAUCUUCGCUUCAUUCUUGCCACACAUCAUGUAAUCGUCUGACUUCAUUUGCUCAGCAAACUUUUACUUUACGUUUUAUCGUAGUCAAUUGUAGGUUAGAGGUGCUGGCACUAUUUGACUAUUGCAUACAAAAACACGUUACAUACA